AUGACACGUGGCACAACGCCAAUAUUUCCAGUCCUCCACAUGUUCCCCUCAUGUGACUUACCAUUGAAGCGUGCGUAUGGGAGCGGGAAAGCGAUGCGGCAGGAGCAGAAGAGCAGCAGGAAAUAUGUACAUGUUAAAGCGUUUCAUCGCGUGUCAACUGGUGACGUCACGAAUUCGCUGUUCCACGUCAGCAGCAACAGCCCUGACGUGUGGUGGUCCCUCCCUGACGGCAUCUCUGAGAGACUGCCAUUGCCUCCCGGACGCUGGCAGAAAAUAGAGGUGUUCCCUGUUCUGCUCUCACUCUCCCUUUCACCCACUGCCUCUUGCAACCCCUCCCUCCCUUGCUGUCGCUCGCUCUCGGUGUUGCUGCUAUCCGUCCUGAUCUCAGAACUGAACCCCUUCUUGCUUCAUCCCAUUCGUCUCGACCCUCUCCCCUUCUCUCUCUUCUCAUCGCUCUCCCCUUCUCUCUCUUCUCAUCGCUCUCCCCUUCCCUCUCUUCUCAUCGCUCUCCCCUUCUCUCUCUUCUCCUCACUCUCCCCUUCUCUCUCUUCUCAUCGCUCUCCCCUUCCCUCUCUUCUCAUCGCUCUCCCCUUCCCUCUCUUCUCAUCGCUCUCCCCUUCCCUCUCUUCUCAUCGCUCUCCCCUUCCCUCUCUUCUCAUCGCUCUCCCCUUCUCUCUCUUCUCAUCGCUCUCCCCUUCCCUCUCUUCUCAUCGCUCUCCCCUUCUCUCUCUUCUCAUCGCUCUCCCCUUCUCUCUCUUCUCAUCGCUCUCCCCUUCCCUCUCUUCUCAUCGCUCUCCCCUUCCCUCUCUUCUCAUCGCUCUCCCCUUCCCUCUCUUCUCAUCGCUCUCCCCUUCUCUCUCUUCUCAUCGCUCUCCCCUUCCCUCUCUUCUCAUCGCUCUCCCCUUCCCUCUCUUCUCAUCGCUCUCCCCUUCCCUCUCUUCUCAUCGCUCUCCCCUUCCCUCUCUUCUCAUCGCUCUCCCCUUCCCUCUCUUCUCAUCGCUCUCCCCUUCCCUCUCUUCUCAUCGCUCUCCCCUUCCCUCUCUUCUCAUCGCUCUCCCCUUCCCUCUCUUCUCAUCGCUCUUCCCAUCCCACCAGACCCAGGACAUGUACUACUACACCCAGGACAUGUACUACUAUGUGCUCAUGCCGGGUGCUCAUCGCACUCUUCACACCAAUGAGCCUCUGAAUCAACAGCAGAACGAUGGCUGGGAGGACGAAGGCAGCAGGACCACUCUGUCUGACCCUCUCCCUUGCCCCUCCCUUCCCUCUCACCAUCCGCAGACCCAGGACAUGUACUACUAUGUGCUCAUGCCGGGUGCUCAGUGCACUCUUCACUCCAAUGAGCCUCACAAUCCGCCUCUCAAUCCGCAGCAAAAGGACGGCAGGGAGGACGCAGGCAGCAAGAGCAGUCCGUCUGGUCCUCGUGGGUUGACUGACGAGCCGAUUACAUAUUUCACAGCUCACAGCCGGCUGCGGUCACAUCUGGAGGCAGUGGGGGAUUCAGUGCUGGCGCUCACGUGUGUGCUGCACCUCGUGCGCCAGCACCCGCCGCUGUCCAUUGUCCUCCACUCGCCCUUCAUAUCAUGCUCACCAUUCUCCCUCCCCGCAUUCCUUUCUCAGACCAUUCCACCUUGGCAUCUCCAUCUCUCUCAAACUCUCCACCCCUCUGCGCUCUCCUUUAACGCAUCAGGCGAGUUCCCAGAGGGCAUGUCCCAUUCACAGACCGCCACUAGUGCAGAGAUAAUCUCUAAUGUGACUCUCAUAUUGUCCUGUUUCCCUCCCCCACCCUCUCCCCCUCCGUCCUGUCCUCGCCCCCCUACCCCGUUUUCCCAUUCCCCCACCCUGUCGCUCUUCCCCCCCCCCACACUGCAACAGGUGAGCAACAGAAGUCUGGCGGGCAUUGGAAGGGGGGCUCUGGGCCUGCCAGGAGUCAUGCUGAGCUUCUCAGACGCGCUGCUCAUGCAGGGCAAACGCGCCGUGCCCAAGGGGGGGGAUACUGUGGAGGGCCUGGAAGCAGCGUCAGCCUUUAUGACCCGCCUGCUGCCCUCCCUUGUCGACUCCCGCACUGCUGCUCCUCACACACAGAGGCUGGAGUUUGGGCGUCAGUAUGAACAAGAAUCCGGGCAUCAGCAGCAGCAGAUUCAGCCAGACAGAGAGAGCAAUGUGAAAGUGGGCGAUGCAGCAGCAGUGAGGAGAGUGGACUCUCCAGCAGAACAGAGUGACCCGGUGGCUCGUCUGCACGACAUGUCCCUCCAGCAACUGGGACUCACACCGCAGUACCGGCACACAGGGACAGACAACCCACAGACGCCCCACGUGACAGAGAGGGUGCGAGUGUAUGCAGCAGGGAGGAGGAUGGGCACGGGCAUGGGCCCGACAGUGGCAGAGGCAAAACGAGAUGGAGCAGCCAAGGCUCUGCUGGCAUGGGGUAAGGUGUUUGGGGAGGGAGGGAGUGAGGGGGCAGGACGCGAGGCGAGUGAGAAUGCUGAGGAAAGGAUCAAGUGA